GCUGCUGCCUGGCGCGUCGCCGCUGCUGUCCGGGCACUCCGCCUGGCGUCGCUGCGGCACACUGGAGCUUGGCAUCACCGUCCUUGUCUGUCGCAAGCAUGUCCCGCAGAACAAGAAGUUCUACGCGAAGUGCGGCUGCACUGGUUGCCGCGGCGCCCCGCCGCAGCAGCAGCCAGGCCAGCAGCCCCAGGGUUACUCACUCUCCGAGGGCGAGCUGCAGCUCUACGUCGGGAUGGAGCCCGCCCUGUGGGAGGCGACCGAGGUCCCGCUCUCGCGGAGCUCCCGGGACAAGGUCGAGCACCUCCGUCGGGUCAAGGCUUGGGGGCUGGAGCUGGUCACCGACGGCGCCAGCGCCUCCAAGCUCGUGGACAAGCUCGCCAGGCGGGUCUUCGAUGCCCAGGCGCAGCUCACCCGCGACACCGAGGCGGCCGCCAAGGCCAUGCUCCAGCUCAGCAUCACGAAGGAGAAGGUGCAGAAGCUGGAGGCCGAGCUCGAGGAGGCCCGCAAGCAGGCGGCCGUCGCCUUCGCGCCCGCCCAUUCCGACGCCUCCUUCACCACCUUGCAGGAGCAGAUCGCCAAGCUCAAGGCCGACCUUGCCAUGGCGCAGAAGUCGGCAGACGAGGUCUUCGCCGCCGUCGCUGCUACCGUCGACGGCUUCUGCAAAGCACAGGCCCCGCCUCCUGCCCCUGCGCCCGCGGCCGCCUCCGGCGCAGGCGACGGAGGCACCCCGAUGCACGGGGUUCAGCGCGAGCAGGAGAAGCCACCCGUCGGCGACCCGUUUGAUGCGUUCAUGGGCAGCGAUGACCCUGGCGGCCUGGUGUCUUCCUCUGGCGAGGCCGGCAGCGAGGAGCGCAAGCGCAUGGCAGAGGCGCUGGCCCUCCUACGGGGCGCCAAUCAAGCGGCGCAAGGCGGCUUCGCAUGGUUUAACGUGCACCUGUGCACGGGCGAGGGCCUCUCGGCCGCCAACCUGGAGCUGCUGGACCUCGUCGCCAAGGCCGCCCUCGCCAUCGGCGAGCCCUUCAUCGUCUCGGGCGACUUCAACCUGAGCCCGGCGGACCUGGCCUCCAGCGACUUCUUCGCGAAGACGCGGGCGCCCGCCAUCGCGCCAUGCGUCGGCGCCUGCCGACCUGCCGAGAGCACGUGCGACUACUUCGUAGUAUCGUCGUGUUUCGCCCAUGCACGGGCCACCGCCCUGAUGGAUCGGCCCUUCUAUCCGCGUCGGCCCGUUCUCCUCGAGAUCGACUGCGCCGACGGCCCCACGACCGCCCAGGUUAUGACCACGCCCAAGAAGCUCCCGAGGCCGCUGCCCCUCGGAUGCUGUAGCCGCGACCACGCGGCCGCCUGGGUAAACACCCGCGACGCCAUCGCCGAGGCCAGCAUCACCGACGAGGCAUGGCAGGCAUUUAUCACCAUGACUGAGACCAAUAUUUUGGACAAGUGCGGCCUGGCCCACGACGCCUCCUACGCGGCCUUGGGCCGCCUCCAGAGGCAGGCCUCGGCCCCUUCGAGUUGGUGCCAGACCCUGCAGUUCCUGGGUGCGGCCUUCGCUUACUUGACGCCGACGGCCGCCGAGGCCUGCAGCGCCGUCAGCACCAAGUUGGCCGACCUGGGAGUCCAGAGCGACCUGCGCGACGUGAGGCAGCGCUUCGGCCAGUGUGUCGACGAGCACGCUGUGUACGGCUCUGGGGCCCUGCACGCUUUCACCAAGGUCCCGCUCGGUUGGCAGCCGAGCGCCGCCCUCGCCGGCGCUGCCGGCAAGCCUGGGGUAGCGGGCGCCGCCGGGCCCGCGGGCCUUUCCGGGGCGGUCGAGGCGCUCGUCCAGGAGUGGUCGCUCUAUUGGAACGUCGGCAAGCCCCACGAGGCGACUUGCGCCCCGCUGCACACUCUCAGCCGCGCCCUCUGGGAAGGGUGGAUGCCCCGGCGCGUCCUCGACAUUGCUUUCACCUUCGCCCGUGACCACGUCAAGUGCUGGGGCCAAGUCGUUGGACCCCUGGGCGCCGCCCUCCUGUCCAUGCGGCGCAUUGGCUGGGGCGCCAUGGCCCUUGGGGAAUGGGUGCUGCACGACGGCGCAACUUUCCGCCCCGGCGAUUUCUCGCCGUGGUACGUCCAGCGCCUGGUGCUUCGCGGCUGCGAAGCGUGGCAGGCCGCGCAGUUUUCGGCGGACUUCCCCUGGAUCGAGGGCCGCAUGUUUGCCGGCAGUUUGCGGCGAUGGUUCCGCGUCGGCCGCGGCUCCUCGAAGGCGGCCCGCCAGUGGGCCAGCCUGACCGUCCACAAGCUGAAGGGCCACGCGACGCUGGAGGACGUCGCCAACCGAGUCUGCACGGCGCGGCAGCGCCGCGGGAACGUCGAGGCCGAUUACUGGGCCAAGCGCAUAGGCCGCCCGUGGACUUUGCCUGACGUCGAUCGCCGCCGGCAUCAUCAGGCUGCGUUGGUCCUUGACGGAGUCACCCACUGGGUGGGGCGAGCUGGAGCGCUGGCUGGCGCUGCCAGGGCCGACUCCAUGUUGGACUACAGGCGGCCUGGCGCGAUGCCGAAGGUGCAGCUCUCUCUUACCGAAAACGAGUUCGAGACUUACGACGAUGGCAGCAUCCGGUCGGUGAGUCCCGCAGUGCUGCUUCAGUAUUCCUGGACGCCGUGGCUCGUCGCCGCGCGGCCGCCGCUUCAGGUCAUGGUCGGCGGCGCGCCGAGGGGGAGUGUUUCAGUGAGGCCGCCAUUGCGCGUCGCGCAGCACAGGGCAGAGCUCAUGAAGGUCAUGGAGAAGUUUAAUGCAGAUCCUACUCUGCCGCGCGACUGGCAAAUGACCAAGGUGUCAAUAUGGUUCUCUACAGCCCUACGCCAUAGUCCGUAUUGGAAGGAUGGAUUCAGCCGACACUUCGAAAAGAUCAACACUUUCGAUCCAUACGAUGGCUGGGUUGUUAUUGACGAUUUGUUGACAAACUGGACUGAAAACGAUCAGUGGAAAGGCUACCGUGACAUGCAUGAUGUGCUGAUCAAGGGCAACCCUCACUGUUCAUACGUGUACUGGGUGUUGCUAAACUGCUGCGAGAUGAUCGACG